GUGCCACAGAGACGCAACCUUAAAGACCCCAACCAUUUGUAUAUGCCGCGAUGGAUCAGAGGAGAUGGCAAGCAGCGAGAGGGCUGGUGUGGUGCAUGCCGUCCUGGAAAAUGGUUAAGUCUGAAGCGUAGUACCUAUUGGUACCACAAAAACUUUUGCCACGGCAUCACUGUCAUGGGCACACCCUUCCCACGACCGACUCACACUCGAGCGUUGGCUGACGAUAAAGGCUGGGAAGGAUAUUGUGGAUCAUGCAAUAGAUGGAUCGUGCUAAACGGUGGGAAGAAGAGUCACACGUCUUGGUUCAGACACGCCUACAAGGUA